AGCUCACAGCACGGACUUGCAUUUAAAUAUACGGAUAGCUGAAAGGAACAGAUUUCCCUCAAUUUUUCUUAGGAACAACAGUAGGAAUAGCAGAUAAUCCCUAGCAGAAGAAGAAUAUAUAUGGAUCUGCUUAUAACUCUAGUUAUCUUUUCGACGAUCGUUUUUGCACAAGCUACGGACGAUGGAAUGUGUGUGGCAAAAGAGAAGUGCACGGAACCGGUGGACGAAUCUUCAGAAGCUAGCCGGUACACCGCCGAGGACAACGUUUAUUUCUAUAAAAUCGACACCGCACUCGAUGAAUACGUGCCAUGCAACGAUACAGGCUGCAGCUGCCACACGGGCGUACUCAAGAAGGACCUGAAACCAUUCAAAGCAGACGGCAUAACCAAAGAAAUGAUCGAACGGGCGAAACAAUAUGGAACGCACUACCAGGUGAUUGACCACAAACUGUACCGACAGACAGAGUGCAUGUUUCCGGCACGGUGCUCUGGUAUCGAGCAUUUCGUGAAGCCGCUGCUGCCGAAGCUGCCGGACAUGGAUCUUAUCAUUAAUUGCCGCGACUGGCCACAAGUUCACCGGCACUGGAACAAAGAGAAGACUCCCGUCUUUUCGUUCAGCAAAACGGACGAAUAUCUCGACAUCAUGUACCCGGCCUGGGCCUUCUGGGAAGGUGGCCCAGCCAUCAGCCUCUAUCCAACGGGAUUGGGUCGAUGGGACCAGCAUCGGGAAAGUAUUUCACAGGCCGCCGAACGGGUUCCCUGGAAAAACAAGAAACCGAUGGCAUUCUUCCGUGGAUCUCGCACGUCCGAUGAACGCGAUGCACUGGUGCUGCUAUCCAGGGAGCAGUCCUCGUUGGUCGAUGCACAGUAUACAAAGAACCAGGCAUGGAAAUCGCCGCAAGACACGCUAAACGCUGAACCGGCCAGCGAAGUCUCACUCGAGGAUCACUGUCGCUAUCGGUUCCUGUUCAACUUCCGUGGCGUUGCGGCUAGCUUUCGCUUUAAGCAUCUUUUCCUCUGUCGAUCGUUGGUUUUUCACGUUGGCGAUGAGUGGCUGGAGUUCUACUAUCCGUCGUUCAAGCCUUGGGUACACUAUGUACCAGUCCCAGUGCGUAGUAGCCAGGCAAAGCUAGAAGCUUUGAUUCGAUUCUUCCGCGACCACGAUGAUGAGGCAAACGCUAUUGCCGAGCGAGGAUUUCGACAGGUGUGGCAACAUUUGCGCAUGAAGGAUGUCAAGUGUUACUGGAAAAAGCUGCUGCAUGAAUACGGCAAACUGAUACGAUACUCGGUGGAACGUGAUCGAAAGUUGAUCGAGGUGUAGGAUUGAUUACCCUACCAGACAAGACUGAUCUGAUCCAUGUCCCAUUUAGGCUGUAAACCAACAAUCAACCAUUAAUAUACCAUUCCCAAUAUUGAUAGCUACGCUAAAAGUAAGAUUUGUAAUUUAAUAAAACGAAUGACUCAUUAUGAUA